GGGACCUAACUGUGCUUCCUGGCUGUCGCCUAACUAUGGCAGCCGCUUGUCCUGGCACCGCAGUUCCCGUGUGGCUGAGCGAGGAAGAUCUGAGCUGCAUUAUCUGCCAAGGGCUGCUGAACUGGCCCACCACCCUGCCCUGCGGCCACAGCUUCUGUCUCCAGUGCCUCAAAGACCUGUGGGUCUCGAAGCGCGCGGGCGUGGAUAGCUGCCCUUGGGCCUGCCCCAUAUGCCGGAAGGGCCCCUCGGCGAAGCCCGUGCUGCAUAAGAACCCGCUGCUGCAAGACCUGGUGGACAAGUACCGCCUAGCGGCGCUGGAACUGGAGGCUGGUCCCGAACCCGCCCCUGCGCCCCGUUCUCUGUGUACACCUACACCGCCCCAGGUGACAGUACAGAAAAGCACUAUACAAGUUGUCCAGGAGCUGACUGAGCUGGUGGGACAGCUUGUAGACAUUGUCAAGAGCCUUCAAACGCAAAGACCUAGCUUGGCAUCUGGACUGGACAAUGCUCUAGGCGUCCUGCACAUGGAUUCUUCCUCUGAGGAGGAAUAUCCCUUGGAUUCUCCAAAGCUGGUGACUUUCAGUUCGUCUCAGAAGAAAAUUCAGGAGAUUCUCCGUGACCUAGAAAAAAUUCAGGAAACCCUGCAAGGGAGUGUCACGUGGAAUGAAGCUCCUAAAAAAGUUGAGGAAAUGGCAUCUUCUGUAGGCCUGCUGCCUGACCAGAGGUGUCCUGUAUCCAGGAAAGUGUCUCAGUUUUCCCUAUGGGCCAUCAGUCCAACCUUUGACCUGAGGAGCAUCUCCUGUAACCUGGAGGUUUCCAACAACCGCCGAACGGUGACCGUGUCUCGGGCUCUACAACCCUAUCAUUGGAGUUCCGAGAGAUUCUCAAUUAGCCAGGUCUUAUGCUCUCAGGCCUUCUCUUCUGGGCAGAAGUACUGGGAAGUGGACACUCGGAGCUGCAGCCACUGGGCUGUUGGGGUGGCUUCUUGGGGCAUGAAGCGGGACAAGAUGCUGGGAAGGACCAUGGACUCUUGGUGUAUAGAGUGGAGAGGGCCUGGCCAGUUCUCUGCUUGGGCCAUGAUGAAGAAAACAGACUUGUCCUCAGGCCUUCCUGAGGUUGUGGGCGUGUGGCUCGACCUCGAGCUGGGGAAGCUUGCCUUCUACUCGGUGGCUGAUCAGGAGAGGCCUCUGUAUGAGUGUGAGGUCUCCAGCUCCUCCCCUCUGCAUCCUGCCUUCUGGCUGUAUGGCUUAACUCCUGGAAACUACCUGGAAAUACUGUAAGUAAACACAUGAAGCUCCCCCUGGGGCUAGGACAGUGGCUUCUUAGACUCUCUGUUUAGGGGCAACUGGAGAAUUCCACUUAGGGAGACUGGAUAUGGUAGCACAUGCCUAUAACUCCAGCACUUGGGAAGUGGAGGCAGGAGGAUCACUGCAAGUUCCAGGCCAGCAAUGAUGAACAAAGAGAGUUCAAGGCCAGCAUUGACUCUGCCCUCUUUUAAAGUUAGUCUUUUUUGGAUGGGGUAGGAUUAACUAAACAGGUUUGAGCUCUUUAAACCUUAGACAUUUCAGAGAAAGGACUGGUCUGGAGUGUCUCCUCACAGUGACCUCUGAGGCCUCAGAAUAGCCUACCUAAUAAGAAGGACUUCGG